GCGCUUUUUGGGGCUGAAAAGUGAGACGUGAGACAGCCAUGGGCAUCCAGCACCUCCUCCUGCUGCUGCUGCUUAUCUACCUGGACCCGCUGUGCGCGAGCAAGAAGGGCAAGCACGCGCCACGGCGGAGCGGCAAAGUGAAGGAGUUGAACGGCACCGCGACCGCGACCGGGGCCGCUCCGAUCGUGCGCUCAGGACUCUCGCUAUCGUCUGCAGCCAAGGUCGGGGGUGACCACGACACGUGCCUGGGCUACUACGACGUGAGCGGACAGUACGACAAGGAGUUCGCGUGCAACAACACGGACCACCGGUACUGCUGCGGCUCGUGCUUCCUGCGCUUCUGCUGCCCGGUGCGCGCCAAGCGGCUCGAGCAGCGCGCGUGCACCAACUACAACACGCCCGACUGGGUGAAGACGCAGCCGCCCUCGCCCGCACCGACGGCCGACACCUACGACCCGGCGCUGGACCGAACCAACACCACCGUGUACAUCACGUGCGGUGCCAUCGCCUUCAUCCUGCUGAUGGGCAUCGGAGCCAAAGUGGCGUAUGAUAAAGCGACCCGGCCGCCGCAGGAAAUGAACGUGCACAGGGCUCUGGCUGACAUUCUGAGGCAGCAGGGUCCUGUUUCAGCCUCACAGUUUGAUGAGGACAACAUGGCCACGAUUGAAGGUUCACCUAAGGAGAACACACCUAUCCGCAGCAACAAGAACCACUACACACCAGUACACAACAAAAUCAACCAUGGGCAUCAUGGGAAGGACAAUUACCGUGCUGCUCAAGACAUGCACAAUUUCAUCUCGUCUGGAUUCGUCACGCUUGGUCGAGGACAGCUGAAAGCACAACAUUCUGUGGAUGAUAUGGGCUGGCAGGGUGAUCUGGACAUUCCUCUACCGUACAAUAAUCAUCAUCAUAACUACACCAGUCAUGUGGAUCUCACCGGAUCUCACACUCCCAAAAUUGGUAAGAACCUUGUACUGUUUGAAAAGCCUCGGAAGAACAACAUCCUGACGUCCCAGACGGAGCCGUACGAUAUAUCGUUUUCACGCUCCUACCAGAAUCUCACUCACCUCUUUCCAUCCUACGAGGUGGCCCUGAAAUCGGACCUAGGUGAAAAUGACUUUGAUACCUUCUACAGACGAAAGCUUCACCUUUCCGACGUGACCCCGAAGCUUGUCAAGUUGGCACCGGAGACGCCAGUGCAGCGCGUAAAGCCUCGCCGCGUGCAGCGCGCAAUGUCUCAGGACCACGUUCUCUCGCCCGUCGUGUCACGCCGCGACUAUGCCGUGCCCGUGUUCCAGUUUUCCCAGGAUCACCUGCUGUCGACCGACCGCCUGCAGUCCCGGGAUCCUUUGCUGUCGCCGGACAAGCUGCUGUCGCUGAGGCGAGCCGAUUUCCGUGAGAAGUCCAUGGCUCGCGCGCUCUCGCAGAUUGACAUGUUCGUGCCCAUGACGCCCAGCACCGAACGGCACAACCGGAUGGCGAAGGCGCAUUCGCAUUCGCACUCGCACUCGCAGCCGAGCGACAACGGGAGCGACGACGGGUACCGGGUGAACGAUAACUUUCUGAGCGUCAGCGGCACCAAGAGGCAGGCGUUCGCCUCCAGACGGACUCACACGGUCGACCACCUGCAGUACAUACCCGGACAUCACCAUCAUCAGUACCGCACAGCCAGCAAGAAUGAAGUGACAGUGUGAACUCAAGGAAUAUGAGGAAAGUAAAAAAGGUGGAGAAAGGGAGAAGGAAUGACAGGAAAGUGGGUGAAAAGAGAGAGAAAAUA